UUUUGUGGUGCUUGGUUUGAGACCCGAAAGGGCCUGGCCAGCCAUGCUAGGGCUCACUUGCGCCACUUGGGAGUUGCUGAUCCAGAUGCAAAGAGUUCCCCAAUUGCCACACUAAACGCUCUUAUAAAAAGCGAGGAUUUCAAGAAGCAAAUGUCUGGGCAGACAGCAGCUGACAUUGACCCUCUUGCCAGAGUUCCUGGCCAUAGCAAUUCCCCUAAUACAGAGCGUAACAGUAGCUCAAAGAGCAAAGAAACUGGUACUUUCAUCAAGCCAAGAGAAAGCACAAAUAAGGCAAACAGCGAUGCCUCUGCAAAUCUCUCUGAAGGUGGAUAUUGCUCUGUGUCGACAGAGAGUGGCCUGAAAUUAGCAAAUAGUACAGGGCCAAUAGAAACUUCUGCACAUUUCAAAUGCCCUAGUGGAUCAGGAAACAGCACACAAAUCAAAAUAGUUGAAGCUGGUGCUCCUCGUGUCCUGUCUCUUGAGGCUGGUGCUUACUCAAAAUUAGUUGAAGCCGGCAGUUCCCAAGUAAAAUCAGAGUCUGGUCAUGGCCAUGGUAAGGUGGAACCUGGUAACCAAUCAAAACCUUCCAUAGGACUUGCUCACCCCAAACCUACACUUGCUAGUACACCACCUACCAAGAAAAUGAAGACACCUUCUCCAUCUUGUAAAUCUAACCUGGAUCCGUACUGGGCUCAGAAAAAUGCCUCCACUCCACUCAAUCUUUAAAUUAAAUGAAGUUCAUCAUGCAGGCGGCAGUCCUAUGUGUUACCUGCACACCCUCAUUUUAUUAAAGCAGAGAAGUUAGUAAUCUAAAGACAGCAAUUGUUUUUGUCAUCCACUCCUCCAGCCCCAAGUUCGGAAGUAGUCCGCUGCGAGUUCUGCGGCGAGUUCUUUGAAAACAGAAAGGGCCUGUCAAGCCAUGCACGCUCCCACCUGCGCCAGAUGGGCGUCACAGAGUGGCAUGUCAACGGGUCACCCAUCACACCCUGCGGGAGAUCUUGGCCAGUGGGACCUGUCCCAGAACAGGCACCAGAACCGGAGGCCCCAGCUCGGAGAAGCUACUCUCACAUCAUCCUCCCGCUUCCCCAUCCGGGUCCCACCCGUACAGCGGGUUGGCUCCGGCAAUGCAACACAAGCCUCCUCGGCUUCCUACCUACCCGGCCAGUGAGUGGCCGUCCGAGCUCUCACCUUUAAACUUGUGU